CACACGCGGCUCAAUCACGACAUUUAUUCGGCGUCCACUAUGCAUCAUCUCAACACUCUCGGUGUAAGGACGGCCAAACACAGUCGAGCGUACUGUAAAUACUGUAUGUGCACCAUCCACUCUAGCCUACAGGAUUCUCUCCGCAAAUAACAUGGGUUAAGAGGAGGAUGUCUGGAUAAUGCAUUUCAACUCUUUGCAAGGAUGGGGACUCGGAUAUUGUUUUUUGGCAGAGGCAUUUUGACAAAGACGAAGAGAGAAAUCAAAGAAGGGCUUUAAUAUCAUCCUUCUACUCUUUCAUUUCCUUUCCUUCUUUUCUUUUUGUGAGAUGAUCGCAGAGUUGGUGUGCAGCGCCGUGGCACUGCUCCUGUACGUCAACACACUGGACGCCGAUUUCUGCUACGAUGACAGCCGUGCUAUCAAAACCAACCAGGACCUUCUCCCAGAAACGCCUUGGAUCAACAUCUUCUAUGAUGACUUCUGGGGGACACUUCUCACCCACAGCGGUAGCCACAAGUCUUACCGCCCGUUCUGCACGCUCUCCUUUCGACUCAACUACGCCCUGGGUGGCUUAGAUCCCUGGGGUUACCACCUGGUCAAUGUGGUUCUACACUGCGCCGCGACCGCCCUGUUCUCUAGCCUCUCAAGCCUGCUGCUGGGGUCGGGUUGCUGGAGCCUGCUGGCCGGGCUUCUCUUUGCCGCUCACCCCAUUCACACCGAGGCCGUGGCGGGCAUCGUGGGCCGGGCUGAUGUAGGAGCCGCCCUCUUCUUCCUCCUGGCCCUGCGCUGCUACAUACACCACUGCUCCCUGAGGACAAGCGGUGCGCAUGGACGGAGCUGGACGUGGUUCUUGGGCUCAUUGGCGUGUGCUUCCUGUAGCAUGUUGUGGAAGGAACAGGGCGUGACGGUGCUGGCCGUGGCUGGCAUGUACGACGUGUUUGUCUUCCACAGGUUGAAGCUGCAGCAGGUUCCCGUGCUCUUCCAGAAGAAGAAGAACCUGCACCUGCUGUUGAGCGUGUUUCUGCUGGGCUUCUGGGGUGUCAUCCUUCUUGCUUGCCGUCUUUACUGGAUGGGCAACAAACCUCCGAACUUCUCCAACUCGGACAACCCUGCAGCAGACUGUCCUUGUUUCCUAACUAGGACACUAACGUUCUUUUUUCUCCCUGCCAUGAACGUUUGGCUCCUCCUGUGCCCAGACAUGCUAAGUUUUGAUUGGUCAAUGGAUGCUCUGCCUCUUCUGAGGAGCAUUGCAGAUUGGCGAAACCUCCACACCGUGGCCUUCUACACCUCACUUCUAGCACUGGCGUGGUUCGGCCUUUGCCAUUACCCAACCAAAAGCAAGGAGACCAACGGGAAAGCCCAUCAUGUAGCAAACGGGAAGUCCACAAACGGACACAGUUGUAGCUCGGAUUAUGAACACUCAACGUUUUACUCAAACUCAGUGCAGAUGAAUGGAACAAACGGUACUGCAAAACACUAUUCGUCGUCAUCUUUACCCACCACAGAGAGUUUGGUGGUCUUCUCAUUAGGUCUACUGGCCAUUCCCUUCAUCCCUGCCACAAACCUGUUCUUUUAUGUGGGGUUUGUGGUGGCGGAGCGAGUACUGUACAUCCCUAGUAUGGGCUUCUGCCUGUUGGUAGCAGUAGGGAUGAGAGCUUUUUAUGUCAGAUUGAGGAGAAAGUCCUCCAGAACUUUGGUGAUCGGCUGCUCUGCUGCCCUAGUCCUUCUUUUUGGGAUUAAGACGGUGUUGAGGAACCGUGACUGGCAGAAUGAGGAGAUGCUAUACAAGUCAGGGAUAUCUGUGAACCCUGCUAAAGCUUGGGGUAACUUGGGAAACGUUCUCAAGAACCAGGGAAAGGUGGUGGAGGCCGAGCGAGCCUACAGGAACGCUCUGUACUACCGGAGGAACAUGGCUGACAUGUUGUAUAACCUGGGUCUGUUGCUCCAGGAAAACAACAGAUUCUCAGAGGCCCUCCACUACUAUAAGCUGGCCAUUGGGAGCAGGCCAACACUGGCUUCCGCCUACUUGAACACAGGGAUUGUCCUGAUGAACCAGGGCCGUCUAGAUGAGGCCAAGCGGACUUUUGUCACUUGUGCCGAUAUCCCAGAUGAAAACCUGAAGGAUCCUCAUGCUCACAAGAGCUCAGUCACCAGCUGCCUGUAUAACCUAGGAAAGCUUCUUCAUGAGCAAGGCCACCAGGAGGAGGCAAUAUCUGUAUAUAAAGAGGCAAUACAGAAGAUGCCCAGGCAGUUCGCCCCACAGAGCCUUUAUAAUAUGAUGGGAGAGGCCUACAUGAGGCUGAACAAACUGACAGAGGCAGAACACUGGUAUAAGGAAUCCCUCCGAGCCAAACCGGACCAUAUACCUGCACACCUCACUUACGGAAAGCUCCUGGCAAUGACGGGUCAGAAAACGGAAGCGGAGAAGUUCUUUCUCAAGGCGAUCGAACUCGAUCCUACUAAAGGAAACUGCUAUAUGCAUUAUGGUCAGUUUUUGCUGGAGGAGUCGCGGCUUUUGGAGGCCGCUGAAAUGGCAGAGAAAGCCGCCCAGUUGGACAGUGAAGAAUUUGAUGUGGUUUUCAGUGCAGCUCACAUGCUCAGGCAAGCCAGCCUCAAUGAUGCAGCAGAGAAGUACUACAGACAAGCGGCCAACCUGAGACCCAAUUAUCCCGCAGCCCUCAUGAACCUCGGAGCUAUUCUGCAUCUCAACGGCAAACUUCAAGAAGCGGAGGCUAAUUAUCUGCGAGCCUUGCAGCUGAAGCCGGACGACACGAUUACUCAGUCCAACCUGCGUAAGCUGUGGAACAUCAUGGAAAAACAGGGCUUGAGGACCAUGGCUCCUUGACUUCUAUACGUUUGAUGGAGCACCUUCACUGAGGUUGUACUCUCAGAGCUCUCACUAAUGAGGUAAUUGACAUCCUAGGGCUGACAAAGGACGUCUUCAAUCCUGGGUUACCUCAAGGGAUGCUUGAACACAUGAGAGCGCCUGCGUUUGGUAAAACCAAGACAUUCUGGAACAAUCUAGAACUGCGGAGCUUCCCAGACAUGUCGGGAGCUGUUAACUUGAAGUGGCCCAUAGAUCCAUACUUGAAGUCUCAUGAUAAAUUAGAUUUUAAUUAGUUAGUCGAUGCUUAGUAGUCUUGACGGGCAAUAUUUGCCCUGAGGCUGUAUGAAAUUGAGGAGUGAGAGUGCUACAACCCCCAUGAGGCUAUACUCUGCAUGUACAGUACGUUUCGCCAUUCAUAUGAUUGGAAUCAUUAAUAUUUAAUGAGCACAUCAUGGCUGAUGGAAACACGAAAAAAUCAUAUCAUCGAAACAUCAACUAAAUAACGCGAUAAAUAGACCAAACGUCAUAAAUCUCUCUCACUGUAAAAUAAAAAACAGACAUCCAUUGCGUCAAAAUGAUCAAUUUGUGAGGUUGUAGAUUUAAUGACACUGUAUAUAGAAGCACGGAUGAUGGUUUGAUUUGGGAUGUGGAAUUUUUAGCGAAUGCAUUUACAUUUCAUUAACGUACAUCGAUUCAGACAUGCCUGCCUGCGACACUAAGUUCUGGGUUCAAGAAAUUGGAUCCAUUUGAUUUAUUUUGCCAAAAAUGACAGGGAAACAGGAAAGGAACAUUCAGUAAGCUAUAUAGCGAAUUGAACUUGCAAGCUCUCUUUGCCUUACUUUGCAAAAAUCUGUUAUGUAACAGAAGGAUCCAGUGGAUUUUAAGUACUUGUUGCAUUAAUAUUAUAAAAUGGGGAUGGAAAAUGUACACUUGUUAGAAUAUCACAUGCAAUGUGUUAAUUCACAAUUAUUAAUUACACUGCUGGUCAAAAGUUUGAGUUUGCUGUUCAAAAGUUUGGGAUCAGUAAAGUAUUUUCUGCUCAUCAAGGCUGCAUUUAUUUGAUUAAAAAUUCAGAAAAAAACUGUAAUACUGUGAAAUGUUAUUUCAAGUUAAAAUAGCGGUUUUCUGUUUUAAUAUGCUUUAAAAUGUAAUUUAUUCCUGUGAUGCAAAAGCUGAAUUUUCAGCAUCAUUACUCAAGUCUUCAGUGUCACAUGAUACUUCAGAAAUCAUUCUAAUAUGCUUAUUUUCAGUGUUGGAAAGUUGUGCUGCUCGAUAUAUAUAUAUAUAUAUUUUUUGGAACCUGUGAUACUUUUUUAGGAUUCUUUGAGUAAAACAUUAAAAAUAACUGCAUUUAUUUAAAAUAGAAAUAUUUUGUAACAAUAUACAGUUUAGAAAUUUGGGGUCAUAAAAUUUUUUAAUGGAAAUUAAUAGUUUAAUUCAUCAAGGGUGUGUUAAAAAAAAAAAAAAAAAAAAAAGACUUAUGUUUGAAAAUAUUUCUAUUUUGAAUAAAUGCUGUUUAUUUAAAGAAUGAAUACAAAUCCUGGAAAAAAGUAUCACAGGCUCCACAAAAAUAUUAAUGUGUUUCAAACAUUAAUAAUAUAACAAUAACAAUAAUAAAUCAGCAUAUUAGAAUGAUUUCUAAAGGAUCAUAUGACACUGAAGACUGUAGUAAUGAUGCUAAAAAUUCUGCUUUGCAUUACAUGAAUAAAUUACAUUUUAAAGUAUAUUAAAGCAGAAAAUAAUUAUUUUAAAUUGUAAUAAUAUUUCACAUUAUUGCUGUUUUUUCUGUAUUUCUGACCAAAUAAAUGCAGCCUCAAUGAGUCAAAAAUACUUGUUUAAAAAUCUUACUGUUCCCAAACUUUUAAAGGCAGUGUACUUUUUUUUUUUUUUUUUUUUUUUUUUUUUUUUUUUUUUACAAUAAAUACUUUAAUUUAGCAAGGAUGGAUAAUGGAAAUUGAUUGAAAGUGACAGUAAAUACAUAUAAAAAUAAAUGCUAUUGAAAUAUGCAUCAUAGUUUUCAUAAAAAUAUAUACACAUAAAAUGUGUUUUCAACAUUAUUAAUAAUAAGAAAUUUUAAGAGCAAAAAGCAAAUCAGCAUUUUAGAAUAGUUUCUGAAGGAUCAUGAAGACAAAGAGUAAUGAUGCUGAAAAUUCAGCAUUGCAUCAGGAAUAAAUUACAUGAAAAACUAUUAUAUAUAAUUUAUUUUACAUUUGAAUAACAUUUCACAAUAUUACUUUUUUACUGUAUUUUUGAUCAAAUAAAUGCAGCCUUGCUGAGCACAAGAGACUUCUUUCAAAAACAUAAAAUCCCAAACUUUUGAAAAGUAGUGUUUAUUAGAUCUGAACAUCUGAUAUGAUCAUGGACAUCGACUAGUUCUCUGACCGAACUGGUUGAACAGACUGGUAGUUUAAUCACAAAGCUUUGACUGGUAACUCCUAACCAAAUACAAAUCCUCUCACUUGUUGCACUCAUCUAACAAUAUACAGCCAUAGUUUUGUAAGGGAUUGUUUAUAUGUAAUAUUGGUUUAAUAUUUUUCUUCUAUGUUUGAGUGUAUAAAUGGAACCUAAUAUAUAAAACGACACGUUACACAGUGAUGUUGUCGCUCGAACACGGAAAACAGUGAGCCAGAAACAUUAUAUACAAUACUUGUUUCAAAUUGUUUAAUUCAUUCUGCAAUUACAUUGUUUCAUGAUUGUCUUUGUUCGUCCUUGUUCCUGAUUUCCAACAUUGUGUAUGUAGUAAGUAGAAACAAUUGGUGAUCCAACCAAUUUUUACAAAGGAUUUUCUUGUGAUGUGAUUCUCACUAUCACUGUAAAGAAAUGAAGUGAAAAUUAUGACCCAAAAAUAAAAUUCAGUUGUUUUCUCGCCCUCAAAACUCAUUCUGUUGAACACAAGAAAACUGAGAAACUAAAAAUGCAAUUACAAUGGAAGAUUUCAAGCUUGAAAAAGGAUUAAAAGUGCCAUAAAAGUUCAUUUUUAUUCUAUUUCAAGUAUUCAGUUAACCAUAAUAAACCUGUCAUGUACUAUAUUCCACAUUUUCCCAAGCUAUACUAUAGUUUUGUGUGAUGAAUGAAUAUAGAAAUGUCUUAUAAACGUCUUAUUUGAUGCAAAAUUUCAGUCCCCUAUUCAUUGCAAUAGCAUAGAAAUGAGCAACCAAAUGUAUUUAGAAAAACAUGAGGGUGAAUAAAUUACAGAAUUUCAAUUUUUGGGUUAAUAAUCCAUUUACAGGUCUAGCAAAUGUCAUGUCGGACAACUGAGUCAGUAUUAACUUAUUCCCUUUUGUGUUGUCUUGGAAAAAAAAAGGAAAAGAAAGAAGAAAAAAAGCAGCUGGCUCUGUGUUAUAUGUCAAAUGUGUAUGAAAUAUUUCUGAUUCAAGAUGCCCUUUUUUAAAUAUAUUUUUGAGCUGAACUAAUUCAUCCAUUGUUUCAAUAGACAUGUGUAAUGGGAGCAUUUUCAAGGGAAUAAAUACAGAAUUUGUCAUGCAUUUGCUUAGACGGUCUCUCAGACGAACCUAUUGUUUCACAUUUCUCUACUUCCAUUGUUUUUUCUUUCCUCCCAAAGUUACCGAACAAAAUGCAGUGAAUGGGUGCCGUCAGAAUGAGAGUCCAAACAGCUGAUUAAAAUGUCAUAAUCAACGUAACCCACACAAAUUCACAUCUUGUGAAGGGAAAAGCUGCUUGCUUUUAGUAAAUAAAGAUGUUUUUUAACUUCAAACUAAGUACAUUUUCAGUAAAUUUGGCUGAAAUAUCUCUUUAAUGCAGAAAAACACCAUUGUGGCUAGAGUAGCGUAAAAUUGGAUUAACAGAGCUCCCAUGUCUUCAUAGUUAGCACAUUACCAUAGUAAACCGUUUGUAAUUUUCUUCAGUCUCAGUUGUAACGUGAUUGUGUCUUGUCUGUCCUCCACAGUGUAAGUUAUUGCGUAGUUUCUAGUGCUAUUAGUUGCUACUGCAUCAAUACUGUACUGUUCUUAGCUGUACCCGGUGUGUCUGUUAAGAUGACAGUUUUCACAUGGACUCACACAAUGCAGACUUACACGACUGAGACACCUGCACCCGUACUGUAGGCGUGAGUGUUGAAGUCUUUCCUCAGGGAUUUGGAGAGGUGGUGAUAUCCAAGUUGGUGCUCUCAGAGCAGAGAAAGAGUUUACUUUUUUUUGGAAAGCGUUGCAUUUGUAUAAAUUAUCAAGAUUUGUAGCCUUUCUUUCUUCUGUUUUUGUAUAAAGACUGACGUAUGUGCCAGAUAAGACUUUUCUCCCAAUGUCACGUUUUUUCCAUAAUAAAGUACCCCGGUGUUCUGCUCUCUUC